GGACUAUUGCUAGUGGAAAAAUACAUUAUCCAGYGGCGGCCACUGUACGAUUAAGCACAAGAUACGCAAGGAGGUGCGAUUGACACCACAGGCAAGCUUGCUCUGUCAGUGCUGAUUGUUAGAAGGUGAUUUUACAGGAGCCAUGAACUACGCUCGGUUUUUGACAGCUGUCAGUGCAGCUCGGAAGCCCUCACCUAUCCGAAUGUUAACUGAAAUCCAGCAAMGGUCACCCCCAUCCAUGAUCUCCUUGGCCGCAGGGGCUCCUAACCCCAACACGUUCCCCUUCCAGUCCUGCUCCAUCCAGGUGAAGAACGGGGAUAUGCUCACCUUCGACGAGACCAUGAUGAAGAGGGCUCUGCAGUACUCUGCCUCCAGCGGAAUCCCGGAGCUGUUGACUUGGAUGAAGACCCUUCAGAAGAACCUUCACAGCCCUCCUACAGCCAACUACAGCGCUGAGAAGGGCCAGAUGGACAUGUGUGUUACUACAGGCAGCCAAGAGGGUCUCUGCAAGGUGUUUGAAAUGCUUGUAAAUCCCGGAGACAACGUUCUUCUGGACGCGCCCACGUACUCUGGGACUCUCGCUGCACUCCAGCCAUUGGGAUGUAACCUGAUCAAUGUGCCCAGUGAUCAACACGGUAUGAUCCCGGGUGGGCUGAAGGAGGUGCUGUCCCGCUGGGACCCGGCAGAUGUCCACAAGCCACACAGCACCGUACCCAGGGUCCUCUACACAAUCCCCAAUGGAGGAAACCCCACCGGGGCCUCCAUGACCACCCAGAGGAAGAGGGAGGUCUACGAGCUUGCCAGGCAGUAUGACCUCCUUAUUAUUGAGGACGACCCCUAUUACUUCCUACAGUUUGACAAGCCUUGGGCUCCCACGUUUCUCUCCAUGGACGUUGACGGGAGAAUCAUCAGGACAGACUCCUUCUCAAAGAUCCUGUCGUCAGGGCUGAGGAUAGGCUUUGUGACUGGGCCCAAGCCGCUGGUGGACAGAGUGGUACUACACAUCCAGGCUUCUACAAUGCAUACCAGCACCUUCACACAGCUCAUGGUGUCCCAGCUGCUGCAUGGCUGGGGUCAAGAAGGCUUCCUCAACCACGUAGAUGGAGUGAUUGAGUUUUACAGAACACAGAGAGAUGCCAUGCUCUCCUCUGCAGACAAGUGGCUCAAAGGUUUGUGUUUCACUCACUCACAUGCUGCAGGCAUGUUCCUGUGGAUCAAGGUGAAGGGCGUCGCAGACACCCAGAAGCUGAUCAUGGAGAAGGCUCUGGAGAAGGAGGUGCUGCUUGUCCCUGGAGGUGUAUUCAUGAUCAACAGCUCAGAACCGUGUCCUUAUGUCAGAGCGGCCUUCUCCCUCUCCACACCGCAACAGAUCGACGAGGCUUUCAAGAGGCUCUUUGCACUCAUCAAGGAAUCUUUGUGAGGAGUACAUCAGAUAACAAAUGGACGACAAACUAUUUUCAUUGGCAGAGAAUUUUUUUUACAAAUUCACAAGCUUCCAGUUUUAUUAGUCGCAUGUACGGGAUACACCGUCCGACGAAAUGCUUACUUGCAGAUUCCUUCUCGACAAUGCAACAACAAUAAUAAAUAAUAAAAUAUAAGAAUASGAACA